AUUGAAAAGACUCAAGCAGAAAGUCUCAUGUCUGUGAUUAAUACUUGUGAAUAAUGGAAUGAACGUGAAUUAUUUAAUGAUUUAUAUUGAGGCGGCUUCAGCUGAGAGAAUAAGUAAUAAAUUCACGAGUGAAGUAUUGAGAAAAGAAACUGACGAAGGAAAUUAAUUUUAAUCAAGAGUGAAUUUUUUGGAAAUAAUGGAAUUAUGUGGAUUUAUAUUAAGCUAAUUAAGAAAUGAAACUGACAGUUCUUUGAUGUUUAUGUGCUUAUAAGUGCCAACCAUAAAAUAAAUAAAAAAAAGCAGUGAAUAUAAAUUAUGAUAAAUGGAGCCUGUUCUUAAUCAAAACCAUACGCACAGCCCAUCACAAGGAUUCGGCAAUGAUACCGAACGACAUGAAUUGUUACAACAAUUUUCACUUAACCGCAACAUUGAUGAGCCAUUUUACAGUAUUCUCAUCACUAUGUAUAGUUUUCUCAUUAUAUUCGGGUCCACGGGAAAUAUUUUAGUCGUAUUAGCUGUACUUAGGAAUAAAACAAUGCAAACAGCUAGAAAUAUCUUUAUUGUGAAUCUAGCCAUAUCAGAUCUCCUGUUAUGUCUGGUGACGAUGCCUUUAACAUUGAUACAAGUUCUUUCAAAAUAUUGGCCCUUAGGCAACAGUGCAUUAUUAUGUAAAAGUAUUGGAACACUGCAAGGAACUAGUAUAUUUGUGUCAACAAUUUCAAUUACUGCAAUAGCAUUAGAUCGAUAUCACGUCAUUGUCGGAUGUCCUGCAAAUAAUUUACAAAUGCUCGGAGCUGUAAUCGUCCUUUCAAUAAUUUGGCUCAUAGCACUACUUUGUGCAUUGCCUCUGUAUAUUUAUACAAGCUUAAUUGAAUAUCCUGUAAAUCUCCCGAUAAUUAAUUUACAUACUAUACAUUAUUGUGUAGAAGAUUGGCCUGACAUGCCGUUCCUAGCUGGACGAGUGUAUUAUAGUUUAUUCUCUUUAACUAUUCAAUAUUUCAUUCCAAUUUUGGUCGUAUCAUCUGCAUAUCUACGAAUAUAUUUUCGAUUAAAGAAACGAAUAAUAGUCGCACAAAAUAUUACAUCUGUUGACGAUAGGAUACAGCAGAGACGAGGACGACGAACGAAACGCACAAAUUGCCUACUAAUUUCAAUUGCUUUAAUUUUCGGCAUUUCAUGGCUGCCCUUAAAUUUUUACAACCUUUACAUGGACCUUUAUGCUAGUAUGAACGAAAUGAAAAUAACACAAACUGUAUACAUUAUUUAUGCUGCCUGCCAUAUGGUCGGAAUGUCAUCAGCAUGUUCGAACCCACUGCUGUAUGGCUGGCUCAAUUCAAAUUUUAAGAAAGAAUUUAAUGAAAUUUUGUGCUGUCGAAAAGGCAACGGUGACUCAUCAUCCGCAUCACAUAAAUUAAAAGGAGUUGAAUCGAGUAUUGUCGUAAAGAAGAGGACAUUCAUGCAUGAGCAGAAUGGCAGUAAAAUAAAAUCGGAAUUACUGAAGCAAAAUAACAAUGAUGAUGUGCAGGAGUUUACCUUGACAACAAACAUUUGAAAUUCAUCGAACACGGACUGAGAGAGGCACACAGUUCUGUAGUAAGCUUAUUUGAUGACACGCCUAGCAGAUAAUUUUUCAAAUGAACUAAAUGGGUGACACACAAAGAGUAAAGUUGUUAAUUAAUGACACUUAAAAUGAAGUUUUGAAAAUAAAAGUCUUACAAAGGAUAGAAAGUAGAUUUUGUGAAUAUACGGAAGACACCAUGUUAAAAAUUAUAAUGAAUAGUCUAUAAAAGUUUCUAGGUAAAAAUGAACAUUUGAAAGGGGAUUGGAGAUUUGAAUUUUUAUUGCUUGACUAAUCGAAUUUUGUAGCUUAAUAAUUGAUGACUGAGUCUUAGUUGAGUAUUUUUGGUACGAAAAUUGUUAUUUAAAAAAAAGUCGAGAUUUAAAUUAAGUGGAUUAUAAAUUAAAAACCUUUUUCUAAGAAGGGAUUAGUGAAAUCCUAUAAAAUCCAGAUUUACUCUUGAAUUAAAUUAUUAUAAAUCUAAUAAUCCCAAAAUUAUUACUACAAGCAUCAAAUUUCAAAUAUUAAAUCCCCAUUUGAUUGAAAAACUAUAAUUUUGUUGUAAAAAGGUAAAAGAAAAAGUUUAAUUUUGUACGUGAUAAAAAAAUUUCCUCCAAGCAAGCCUAAUAAUUAAAGCGAGUACGCCUAGUAAAAGGAAGAAAAUGUUCCUUGAUCAUGAAACGUAAAAGUUUGUGCAUGAAUGUUUCUUUUGUGACAGAAUGAAAUUAAAAAAUGGAAAAAUUGAAUUGAAUUAUUUUUAACUUUCAUUAGCGGUUAAGAAUGAAGCAUUUUAAAUGCGUUUGUAGUACAGAACAAUGAAGAGAUGUGACGUUUAAAGAAGAAGAAAAAGGAAAUUUCAUUUUGUGUUCUUUUACAAAGAAAAUGGAAUUAUUAAAUAAUAACAGAAAUGGGUUCAGAUCUAAUUUGAGUUAUUUUUGUAGCUUUAAGCAUAUUUUUGUCCUGUGAUUUAUAUGAGGUUAAAGUAACUUUGUAGUUUUCUCAAUUGACAAAGAUAGUUUACUUUGAAAUAUUUGAGAAAGAUCAGUCUCUGAUGGGAUUUGAACCUACUUAAUCAUUGAAGAAAAUCCUACAGUUGACUGCUUUGUUGCCUAGCCAUUCGGCCACAGAGGUCUUAUUCCCGCACUGGCAGUUUCAGCAACAUAUGGCAUGAUAUCAAAGAUUCCACAGAUUUCUAGCAAUACAACAAUGUUAGGAGAUAUUGAAGUCUGAAUUAAAUUAGUUGAAAUUUGAUUAUGGUCAUCAACAUUAAUAUCCUGUUUUAUCUACUUUUAAAGAUUGUAGAUUAAAUUUCGACUUCAAAAAUAUGAACUUUGAGACUUUUAAAAAAGUUCUAAUUUUAAACAAUUUUAUUAAAUUUUCAUGACAACAAAAUUUUCAAGUUUGAAGCAUAAGAUUUUCUGAGAAUUUAUGAGGCAAAUUGAAACCAUAAUCUAGUGAUAAAAAAUGCGAAUGGAGCCUUAAAAAAUUCAUGGAUCCGACAAAAAAUUGAAUUAUUUUGCUUUCUUUUUGACCUAAUUCUUGUUUUUAUCAUCCAAGCUUUUAUAAAUGCUAUGAAGUAAAAGCAUAACAAAAUUAUAUAUCUCAAAGGAAUGAAUCUUUGUAAUACAAUAUUGAACAAAACAUGAUUAUAAGUGAUAUUUAAAACCGAAAGUAAAUUGAUGCUUAUUCGAUAUUGAUUACAUAAAUUUCCUUUACCACAUGUUGAUGUUCUCAAGAUUCUAAGAUUCUGAAAACAUAUUGAUUAGUGAAUUUUUAAAAACAAAAAAAAAAUGAAAUUUGUCAUUUGAAAUUAUUCCCAUCCUGUAUUAAUUCGAGAAACCAUUCGUUUGAUGCUAGCAGAAGGAAAA